GGUUGGUUGUCUGUUAAACAAGCUCUGCUUUGUGGAAUAACUCAUAUGAUAUUUUCUCUCAUUAAUCAAGUGUUAAAAUGGAACAAAUGAAAAGCCUUGAAGACAUUGAAGAAACCCAGGAAAAGCUAGACGAUAACCCAGCCAGAGGUACAAAUAUUGAAGUGAACUUGAACAAAGUGGAGUCUGUUGCUUCUUUGUACUGUACUGCACAGCUCGGUGUCACAGGCACUUCACUCCCUGAACAUAGAGUGAAGCAUCAGGAAAACGAGGCUGAGGGGCAGCCUCAUACAGAGAGAAUGGAUGAGGAUAAUUCUGCUCAGAAACUAGAUUCUCCAACAGUAAACAUUGAGAGGGGUACAGAAAAUGAUAGUGCUGUAGAGGAAGCUUUUGCUAUUUGUGACGGAAUGGAAGCUGAAACUAAAAAUAAACGGAGAAUGGAAAAUGGGUGCAUUGUUCCAACAUGCAAAGCAGUUGUGGAAAGUCAGCCGACUUGGCAACAGCAGGAAAGCGGAUGGCCGAGAAAUCACCCACUGGCUGUUCAGCAGGAUGAAGGUGGAUCAGAAAAGGUGAGCAACAAGGAGUUUGAGAAAGUCACAGAAGCAGUUCCAGAACCCAGUGAGCAAAUGUUUCAGGAAAAACCACUGAAUGAGGUACAGCUACAGGAAAAAACUAUCAAGAUCCAAAACACAGGAUCACCUGGAGGACAGUACACCCAGGAAGGUGAGAUUACUCCAAGCCUUCUUGUAUUUGAACAACAAGACACUGUAGGAUCAGUAGGUGAAUUAGUGGGAAGUCGAUUUGAGAUGGCCUUUAAUCAGAUCCUCUCAGCAGAGAGGCACAGCGAGAAGGAAGCAGAAAAACAAAGUAUCAAAGGUGAAGAAACUGAAAACACAAUAGCUGAUUUGUGUCAGCAAACCACAGGAGAAAGUCUGGGUGAUCAUAAUGUCACUGAAGUCAAGAUAUGUGGGAGUGAGCGAAGCUUGAAGCGUUUCCUCUCUCAGACUGAGCUAUACAUAAGUAAACCAGAUCAACAACUGAGCCAACUCAGUGAAGCAAGCAGCUCAUCAGAUCUGCCUGCAUCAUCUUCUGGAGAUGCAAGUGUGAACAACUUGUUCCCACACGGGGAUCAAUGUGGUUCAACUGAUUACGGUAAUCUAAAUCCAGAAGAUGACGAAUGUAACCAAACUCUACAAAUGGAUAAAUUUCUGCUGAAGAAAGUGAUGUCCCCUGAAGACCAUGGAGAUGUUGCACUAGAAGGUGAUGCUGAGAGGAGGUUCAGCCCUUCCAUCACUGGGGAGGAGAUACAAAUAAACGAUAAAGGUUCCAAUCAUGCUUUGGUCAGUGAACAAGUCAGUCAGUCCAAUCAAACUUUGAAUACUUGUGCUAGUUGGAACUUCAGCCCAGUUGAGGAGACCAAACUGGGUGGCAGUUGGUUAAACCAAAGUGCACCAUUCACAGAGGCAGACUUAUUUAAUACCAAAGUUCAACCCAAUGCAUUUUGUCUCAUCGAUUGUGGAGAGAGCAAUAAUCAGGAGCAAGCUGCAAAGCAUGAGAACUGCAGCAAAAUUGAUCAGGAUGGAAGAGAUGCUUCUUCUCCUCAACUUCUGGAGAAUACAGAUAAAUCUGAAUUGAACCAUUUUGGACUGGCUAGACAGAAAGUAAAUAAAACCCAAACUCUCUGUAGUGGAGAAAUUAACUUUAAUAUAAAUAUCAAAGAGCUGUGUCCACCUUGUAAUACUGAGAGCAGUGAACAGGACAAUCUGUCUCAGCAAGCAGACCGACUUAGUAAAUCCAAUGAAUUGGUACAAAGUGUGCAGGAAAAGAAACUUGAUGUGAAGGACAUUGACUCUUAUAAGACUGAAGACUCUCAAUUUGAUCACAUGACUCAAAUCCAGAAACAUAGUUUUGUUCACGGUGACCAAACUAGCACAGCUAAUGGAACUUCACAAAAGGAGCAGGUUUGGGAAGUUAAUGAAAGUUCAAAAGACGGUGGACAGUACAAAACUCCAACAAGCAGACCAGGAAAUGGGCAUUAUCAAGUUGAUGUUGCCGAAUCAUCUUCCCAAAAAGGUAGCAGUGAGGUGGAGUUCGGUCAAAACCUGGAGCAGGGACCCAUCAGUGCAUCUGAACCAGGCAAAAGAGCUACUGACUACUGCGCAGUGAUGGGUGGGCAAGGAAGGGUGCAUAGCAUCUUAUCUGGAGGCACAGGGUCAGCCCUUGAGACUCAAACCUCCAUUGAUGCCUCUGUAACGCACAUGUUGUCAGAACAUAAUGUGACAUCUGCAAACUUUGAGGAACCAGCAAAGCAGAUAUCCAAGAUGGCAGAACAUUUGGACGAGAGAGAGUCUGAGGAGGUCAUUAAUGUCUCCAAUAUCAAAAAGGCAUUUGAGAGAAAAGACAGGAAAAAGGAGAAGAUGCCAGAUGUCCCGAAGAAACGUGAGAUGCAACAGCGGAAGGUGGUACGACAGAGCAAAUUUCGGCACGUCUUCGGACAGGCUGUGAAAAAUGACCAGUGCUAUGAUGACAUCAGAGUUUCCAGGGCCACCUGGGAUAGUUCAUUCUGUGCUGUAAAUCCCAAAUUUGUGGCACUAAUUGUGGAGGCAAGUGGUGGUGGAGCAUUUAUGGUACUUCCUUUGCAGAAGACUGGCAGAAUUGACAAGUCAUAUCCAACCGUUUGUGGACACACAGGACCAGUGCUGGACAUUGAAUGGUGUCCGCACAAUGACCAAAUUAUCGCUAGUGGCUCCGAGGAUUGUACAAUUAUGAUCUGGCAAAUACCAGAGAAUGGACUGACAGUUCCCAUCACAGAGCCUGUUGUCAUCUUGGAGGGACAUGCCAAGAGAGUUGGGAUUGUAUCUUGGCAUCCGACUGCGCGCAAUGUUCUACUUAGUGCAGGUUGUGACAAUGUAAUCAUCAUCUGGAAUGCGGGAACAGCUGAGGCCAUGAUAACACUUGAUGACAUGCACCCAGAUAUGAUCUUUAGCACAUCUUGGAACCGUAAUGGCAGCCUCCUGUGCACGACCUGCAAGGACAAGAAACUGAGAGUGAUUGAUCCACGCAAAGAGGAAAUUAUUGCUGAAAAGGAUAAAGCUCAUGAGGGAGCACGGCCAAUGAGAGCAGUGUUCUUGACAAAUGGCAACGUCUUCACCACUGGCUUCAGCCGCAUGAGUGAACGGCAGCUUGCCCUGUGGAACCCGGAAAGCAUGGACGAGCCCAUAGCUUUGCAUGAAAUGGAUACCAGCAAUGGCGUGCUUUUACCUUUCUAUGACGCAGACACAAAUAUCGUAUACUUGUGUGGAAAGGGUGACAGCAGUAUUCGCUACUUUGAGAUCACAGAUGAAACACCGUACGUCCAUUACUUAAACACUUUUGCCAGCAAGGAGCCACAAAGAGGGAUGGGAUACAUGCCAAAAAGGGGCCUUGAUGUUACCAGAUGUGAGAUUGCCAGGUUCUUUAAACUUCAUGAAAGGAAGUGUGAGCCAAUCAUUAUGACAGUGCCAAGAAAGUCUGACCUUUAUCAGGAUGAUCUAUACCCUGAUACGCCUGGACCAGAAGCAGCAUUGGAAGCAGAAGAAUGGUUUGAAGGACAAACCAAGGACCCUAUUCUUGUCUCCCUGAAAGAUGGCUAUGUACCUGGGAAAAACAGAGAGUUUAAAGUCCAGAGGAACCGUUUAGACAAGCCUGCGCAGAACAAAAAAACUGAAAGUGGUAGUACUCCCAUGAAGGGGCCCUCUGUCAAUGCAAAUUCCGAAUCCAAGUUGGAUGAGUUGUUUCAAGAGGUUAAAACUCUGAAAGCCACUGUCGCCAGCCAAAACGAGCGCAUUGCCAACCUUGAGAAUCAGAUGGCCAAGAUCACUAUCUGAAGCCUGUAUUAUGCUUUAUCAUGGGGGUACAAUUGUCUGGUGUGGAUUAUCGGCAAUCCUUCAGUCACCAAAACUCUGACCCUCGCUACCCUGCCAUUGGUGGAAGCACCCUUCAGCAUUCCAGUAUCAAAUUGCCCUCCUUUUCCUCCUAUCUCACUGGACUAACUUAAUUUGAAUUUGGAAACACAAUUCACUUUUUUUUAAAUAGAAUUUAUUUUCAGGAUUUUUAACAAAGGUGGCAAUUGUCUUUAUCUUCACGCUUUCCACAUUGAAACAUAUGAGUAUUAAUUUUUUUAUUCUUAACUCAAGUCCUAUGCAUAUAUAAAGGUGUGCUUUACUCUAAUACUAGAGUGAUUUCCAGGUUAUACGGGCUUGUCUGUCUCGUCUGUCAGGUACCGGUUUUUAAAAGCGACUACACAUUCCAUGUACAAGUGUACCAGCACCAUUAAAGAACACUUAAUGGGUUCAGCUCUUAUAGAGCAAGGAAUGGUGGUGUGUCAUUAAAUAUACUUCCAGUUGCAAAGAUAAAACAUUGAUUAUAAAAUCA